AUGACAGAAUUUGAAGUAGUCGCGACCGGGCUGCAGUUCCCGGAAGGACCGAUUGCCAUGGCUGAUGGAUCGGUAAUUCUGGUCGAGAUCGCCAGAGGCACGCUAAGCCGUGUUGAUGCCCGUGGCCAGGUCGAAGUUGUCGCCGACCUGGGCGGCGGACCUAACGGUGCUGCGAUUGGCCCGGAUGGUCUCUGCUACGUUUGCAAUAGCGGCGGCUUUGGCUGGCAGAAUAUUGACGGCCUGCUGUUUCCAGACGAUGUGCCAGCAGACUAUGCAGGUGGCCGUAUUGAGCGGGUCAAUUUGGCUACGGGGCAAUUUGAGCGGCUGUACGAUCACUGCGGGGAGCACGGCCUGAGCGGUCCCAAUGAUAUCGUUUUCGAUAGGCACGGUGGCUUUUGGUUUAGUGAUACUGGAAAGUUAUCGUCGCGCAAGAUCACUCGUGGCGCCAUCUACUAUGGCUUGCCCAAAGAAGGCGGCUUAACCGAAGUGAUACAACCCACCGACCUUGCCAACGGCAUUGCACUAUCACCCGACGAACGUACGUUGUACUUUUGUGAAACGCUCAAUGGGCGCCUCUGGCAGUUCCCGAUUGUCGCCCCGGGUAAGGUCGCGGCCGAUGCCGCAAUCGGCAAUGCCGAGAAUCUAUUGCAUGCGCCGGGCGGUUUUAUCGGCUACGACUCAAUGGCUGUCGACAGUGCCGGUAACGUUUGCCAGGCAACCCUGUUUAGUGGUGGCAUUAGCGUGAUAUCGCCCAGCGGUGAACUAGUGGAUUUCCACGAAUUUCCUGACCCGUUGGUUACCAAUGUUUGUUUCGGUGGUGGGGAUCUGCGAACGGCGUAUAUCACGCUAUCGGCGACUGGUCAGCUGGUUAAGAUGCGUUGGCCGCGGCCGGGGCUGGCGUUGAAUUUUCUUAGCGCCUAG